AUGCCGAUUCUCCUCCUACGCACGACGCGCCUUCGCGCCGAUGCCGUCUGUCCUGUCAUCAGCACGCCGCACGUCAUGGGCAUCAUGGCGAGCAACCAGCACGGCUCCAUCUCCACCGCCACUACGGCACUCAGCCAUGAUAUCCCUCCUGCCUCAGCCCCGAUGGCUUCCAAGACCAUCUCCUCCACAGUAGAUGACAGCAACAGCACGAUCAACAAUGACAGCACGAUCAACAAUGAGAGCACCGCGAGCAAUGAGAGCAUCGCCAGCAAUGAGAGCGUCGCCAGCAACGACAACAAUGACAGCAUCGCCAGCAGUGACAGUGUCACCAGCAAUGAAAGCACCACCAGCAACGUCAGCACCACCAGUAGCGUCAGCAACGCGCUCAUCGCGCCCAUCAAGCCCCGCUGCUUCCCAAUAAUCACUAUCCACACCCCCGCUUUCGUCGCCCCGCGCCGCGCGCUACGCUACAUCGCUGCCGGCUGGCGCGUCAUAUUCGUCCGACCUGCGCGCGCGCUUGCGAUGACGGCAUCGAAGCUGUUCGGUGUGCUUGUGCCCGGACAUGCCAACUACAAGGUCGCGAAUGUGGACGCGAAUGGAAGUCUGAGGAGCUCCGUUCACCGCUAUGGAGACUUGAAUGAAGCUGAUUCUGCGGCUGCUUCUGAGUUUGUUCAAGAGGCCGUUGUCCGAGAGGCCGUUGUCCAAGAGGCCAUUAUCCAUCAUACUGCCACCCAAGAGACCGUCAUCCAAGAGGUUGUUAUCCAAGAGGCUGUUAUCCACGAGGCUGUUAUCCAAGAGGCUGUUAUCCAAGAGGCUGUUAUCCACGAGGAAGAGACUGUUUCCCAAGAGACUACUCUCCAAGAGCAAGAGAUUGUCAUCCAAGAAACUGCCGUCCAAGAGACUAUCGUCCAAGAGCAAGAGACUGUUGUCCAAGAGGUCAGUGGCGGUAGCAGCAACAAGCUGCCGGCUGCAAAGUUUACUUUCAGCUUCCCAGCCCCAAACCACAGUCAGCCGACGGCCACAACCGAUGAGUCGUAUGUCUACCCCUCAUUCGCAUCCAACAGCCUCUUUGGGGGCAACAAGCUUGACGCUGUUGGCUUCACAUUCACGACUCCCAUGGUCGCUGCCACGCACUCGCCUGCCGCUGGAGCAAAGCUCCCAAUCGCUAUUCCCACAUCCGAGUUCAUGUUCACUGCGCCUCUUGCUAGGUGCAAUACACAGCAUAGCAACAGCUCCGACAUUGAUAGCUGCUGGGAUGGAAUCUUCUCACACACUUCCCACAGCCCCGAACCAAGCAUGAGUUCUCCUAUUGCCGAGGAUAAGAAGAGUGAGAGGAACAACAACAAGAAGGGAGGCAAGAAGAACUGCAACAAGAAGAAGAAGGAGCCGACCAACAAGGCGGCAGUUUGGGGAGGCAAGAAGGGGAAGAAGGGAAGCAACAAGGCGAAGAAGCACUGA